AGUGAGGAGGAGGUGGGUGUGUUAGCAUGUGAGAAAACGACAGCAGGCAAAGGGAGGGAGUCAGUGAGUGGAGAGAUAUAUGAAAAAAAUAUCUCCAGAAGAUUGCAGACAACACAGUCGUUUAUUUUAAACAGAAGAUUGACCAUGUUGCUGCAGACCAUCUUCAUGCUCUCUGCAACUGUUUUCUUUGGAUAUCUGGAAGGGAAGGGUGUUCAGAUGCAGCGGGACGUUCAGUGUUGUAUGCAAUACUCACAGCAGAAUGUGCGGACCAAAGACGUUCUUAAGUUUGAGGUGCAGACAGAGGGGCCAGACUGCAGCAUAAAAGCCAUCAUAUUGUACACUAAGAAGGUGGUGAAGUGUGCAGACCCCAGGGACAGGAAAGUGAAGAGGUUACUAAAGAAACUGAGGCAGAGAGCCAAAACCCACAAAUCCAUGCAGGUUCUGCCACAAAGACACUUGCCUGUCAUGGCAAAGAUCCAGUAAAUAACGGAGAGAAUUUGACUGACCACUUUAGCCUUUUCAUCUGUCAUUGUCUUCUUGAACGUAUGUAGAUCACUGACUUUCAGUACAGAACUGUAUGCGGCUCCUCUAAGAUACGUUUUAGAUCUCUUUCUAAACUGACUGUUAAUCUCUAUAUGCCAAAGCAUUGUUUUUAACUCUGUACUUCAAGCUUGUUCAUUCUCUAUAUACAUUAUAUGUGUAUCUUAUAAGCUAUACAAGCUGUUAUAUAGAGUUAAAGUGACAUGACUGUUCCUGGUUCAAAAACAUAGUGCAUAUUCUAUUAUGUAUGGUAAUGCAAUCAAUUUUUAUAUAUAUACAGAAAUAUUGGAAAA